GGCUAUAUGUACAUACGUGCAGGCCUCUAGUCGCCGAGCAAGCCCCGAGGAGCCGAGAAGAGACGUCGCGUCGCGCGCGAUUCCAGCCGGUCGCAGCCUCAUACCGUUUAUACCGCGAGCGGAAUCUGAAUCUGAAUGCACGGUGAAGAUGCAUCCCGGAACGAGACGACGUUCGGGAUUCUGCUGGUUGACGAUAACGCUGCUCGUCGUCGGACUUCUCGUCGGUGACGCCGGCAGCGUUUGGAAUAAGAGACGGGAGGAUAAGACCAAGUGUCCGAAAGUGAAGGGUAUACGCAAUUUCGACAUAUCCGAGUUUCUCGGAUCGUGGUACAUAGUACAGUACUAUGCAAGCUCAGAGGAAGCUCUCGUGUACAGAUGCAUGAGAGCCGAGCUCUCGGUCUCGCCCGAGAACGCCGAAGUUACCAUGAAUUUCACUUACAGCUUUACUGACGAUCCAAUUAACGAACUGCUCGUUGGUAACAUCACGUGGAAAAUCCCCUCGCCGGACUUACCUGCUCAUUGGAUGCACGCUGAGUUAUCAUACGAAGGAGUGUACAAUACGUAUGUAUUAGAUUCGGAUUAUAAAUCCUGGGCGUUACUAAUGCAUUGUGCUGAAAAGAGCGAAAGCCCACGAUAUUUAUCUAGCUUCAUCAUGAGCCGUGAAACGAGCCUUGGGGCAAACGUCAUUUCUUAUCUUCGAGAGAAAUUGCCUAGGUAUGACAUUGACUUGGAGUACGUGUUCCCUAUGGACCAAAAGCAGUGCAAUAAGACGGACAACCCGGAAGAUAUCCUUAUACCGGCACUGACAUCAGUUAAAAGAAGCCACAUCAUCAGAAGGCAUCCGUUGAAACGAAAACAUAGACGCCAAUAAAUUUCGCAACAAAUCAAACAUCUCUCCUUUACUUUGGGCUAAUUUUAUUAAUUCAAUUAACAACGUGUUAUAAUACUCUUCGUCUCUCUUCCUCUUAUUUAUAAUUACAUAAUUGUAAUGAA